UCAUAAAUUCAUGCUGUAGCUCAGUUCUUGAUACGUACUUGGAACUUGUUUUAUUUAUUUAACUAUUAAUUAUUAUUAUUUAAUUUAAGAAUAUUAACCCUCCUAGUAUCACGUUGGGUCGUAUCCGAGCCUAGGCGCCAUUGCUUAUCAGUUUGUGGGCGUGUUGGUGGGAGUAACGCCACCUCCUUCCUUGUAACCUUUCAUUCAGUAUUUCUCCAGACACUAACCAGAGCGUAUGUCCGUGGAAGCUGAAUAUGGAGCAAUACUUCACAACAGAAGAAGACAUUCUGAGAGAACUGAACAGGCAGUUAUGUGAUUCUGAUGCAGGAAGCGCAGAUGAGGUUGAUUUUGAUGAUUCGGAUGUUGGAGACAUCGUUUUGCCAAAUGAUGACAACGUUUUUGAUACAUUUGAUGGAGAAGAUACUGAUCCACCUCUUCCCGUAGAUGACAAUGAGAGGAACUUCGAAAUUGGAAAGGAUGAUGACACCAUCUGGACAGACAGACCAUUGGUAUCCCGGUUUGCAAAGGUUCCAUCAAGAAAUCUGAUCUAUCAUCUUCCAGGACCCAGUGGAGCAGCAGUAGGUGAGACCAAUGCACAAAAAUUAUUCUCUCUGUUCAUUACAGACAACAUGAUCGAGACAAUUGUUACAUUUACAAACUGUGAAAUAGAAACCCUAAAAAUGACUUAUAACACUGAGGAAAGAUACAUGAUGAAUACUGAUGCAAUAGAAAUAAAAGGACUGUUCAGUUUACUCUCCAUGAGUGCAGUGUUGAAAAACUCAAGUUUGACUACAAAAGACAUGUUUUAUCCAGUUUUUGGCCCACCUUUAUUUCGCUGUGGAUGUCAAAGAAUUGAUUCAAAUUUCUGCUAAGAGCACUUCAUUUUGAUGACAAAACAACAAGGGCUGCAAGACAGGCUAAUGAUAAAU